CCUUCCCCACUGUCCGCUGCGCCCUGAACGCAGCGCGGCGCGGCCACGUCGCGGUCCUCUCUCGCGGUCGGAGUUUCCAGUUGCGGUUCAGUUCUGCGGACUCAGCGGGGGGAGGCUCUGCUCUGACCCGACUCUACCUGCUCCACACCCGGGCCCCACGUCCCCCACACAGACCCCCAGACCACCAGAGCAGUCUCUCUACGGGAAACGCCAGAUGAAACCUGCAGCUGACGGUGAGGUGAAGAUGGUGGACCGGCUUGCGAACAGCGAGGCCAACUCCAAGCGGAUCGCGGUGGUGGAGGGCUGCUUCGGCGCCGCGGGCCAACCGCUCGCCAUCCCCGGCCGCGUGCUGAUCGGCGAGGGCGUCCUCACCAAACUCUGCCGUAAGAAGCCCAAAGCGCGGCAGUUCUUCCUCUUCAACGACAUCCUGGUCUACGGAAACAUCGUCAUCCAGAAGAAGAAGUACAACAAGCAGCACAUCAUCCCGCUGGAGAGCGUCACCAUCGACACGGUGCCGGACGAGGGCGACCUGCGCAACGGCUGGCUCAUCAAGACGCCCACCAAGUCCUUCGCCGUGUACGCCGCCACCGCCACCGAGAAGUCGGAGUGGAUGAACCACAUAGGGAAGUGCGUGGAGGACCUGCUGCAGAAGAGCGGCAAGGCGCCGACGGGCGAGCACGCCGCCGUGUGGGUGCCCGACUCGGAGGCGACGGUGUGCAUGCGCUGCCAGAAGGUGAAGUUCACGCCCGUCAGCCGGCGCCACCACUGCAGGAAGUGCGGCUUCGUGGUUUGCGGGCCGUGCUCGGAGAAGAAGCAUCUGCUGCCCAGCCAGUCGUCCAAACCCGUCCGCGUCUGCGAGUACUGCUUCGUGCAGCUGACGUCGGGAGGCCCGGCGCAGCGCUCAGACUCCCUCAGCCGGCUGGGGUCAAAGUUCAACAACCUGUCGGACGACGACGACGAAGACGACAGCAGCGACUGAGGAAUUAAAACCGUCCUCUGACGCACCGCCUCGUCCUCAGCGUCGAGAUGGAAAUACUUUUUUUUCUUUCUUUCUCCUCCCAGAUGAUCGGAUCAACGGAGGAUUAAUUCACUUAAUUCACUUCAAACCAAAAAUAAUAUUUUACUUCUUCCUCUAAUUGCAGCAGGGAUCAAUAUUUUCCUGAACGCAGCGAUUUUGAAACAAUGAAAUGUGGAAUUAACUCGCCGACCAGCUGAACUCUGGGAAAAACAACUCUUGAUUGGGCUGCAAUUAGUCACUACAGAACACAACGGUGCUAAUGAGAAAACACACCUCUUCCUCCUCUUCCUCUUCCUCUAAGUUAAUUUCAUCUAAGAGUUCUCUUUUUUUUAUGAUCAUUAUUUUUAGUCCAGACCUUCACAAGAUGAUUGCUCGUUACUUCUGCAGGGAAAAGCAAAUGUUUGACCUUUUUAUCUCCUCUGUCCUUCAGGUUUUGGGAUUUUUUUUCUGCCCUACUUUGUAAAUCUGACUCCAGCAAAAUGUCAAGAUCCCUUUUUUUAUAUAUAAAUAACAAAGUGUAUAUUUUAUGCUAAACGCUAAGCUUUUUUUUUCUGUUGCUUCUGACAAAUCAUCUGAAGCUCGUCUCAGAGGUCGCCUCCUAAAAACAAACUAACUCCACCGUUUGCCUUUGGCGUCACGUAGUGCCUUUUAGAAACAGAGCCUGGGCUUCAGUGAGGUUAUUUCUUAAUGAACAAAGGCUGCAAAAAAGACUUCAUGAGCGUCUGACUCUGAAACACAUCACACAGACACCAGUUGUUUGGUUUCAUAUUUGUGCUGCAAACAGAAGAGCAGGGAGAUUAAAAACAAGGUGAAAGACCUUUUUUUUUCUUAACAACCUGUAAUCUGGAGUUUCCCCUGAACCUGCUUCUACUUCCUGUCACCGUGCUUCACAUCCCAGAAUGUCCUUUGGAUGACUGUCACUGUUUAUCUGAGAUGUUUGGCAGGACAAGUGCAGGGAACGUCUCCAAGCGACAGUUAUAAUUACAGGUUAGGUGGGGGGGGGGAAAUGGGGUCGCUGCUGGAACUGUUGCUUGAUUUAGUUUUAAAAUGCACUCGGACCGAAACACUGUUCACAGAAUCUACAGUUCACACUCAGAAAUCCACAACGAGGCUGCAAAACACGUCAGUGUUCAGACUAUCGUGGUGGAAAGAGACCGAAACGUAGAAGGGGAGCGAAGAUUAGAAGUUUGAUGGAAGCGCUCACAGAUUUGAUCAGCCUUUCCAGACGGCGUCUAGUUUCAUUUUGUUUUCAGAAACCUGAUUUAAAAACAGUGCAAGGGUUGCGUCUAAAAAAAACCCACUUUGAAAACAUCGGCCGUGACGCUUUCAUCCUUUUAAUCUUAAGGUGCUCAGGGUGGGUUGCCCUCCUGAAGCGCCUGCCGUUACUAAGCAACCAAAAACCUUUACGCUACGAUGAAGAUGAGGUGGUCAUUUAGCAGCAAGUCAAAACAAAAAAUAAUUGGAUUCCAGCACCACAGUAGCUCCACCUGUCAUCUUCAGUUUGACCUUUUGUGACGCCGUUGGACGGGAAAGACUGAAGCGAGUGAAAUAUUCUGUGUGACGGACUGUAAAGCGCUCUGAACUUCUCCACCAUGUGUUCACUGUACGCUGAUAUUCAAAGGAAGUCUGUGAUUGGUUGUUCUUGGUCACAUGACAUGCGGUGUGUACGUUGAAAAAGUUUGAACUAUUCUGAACUUCUAGCGAAUCCAUCACACCCUUAAAAAGAAAAACAAGGGAAACGAGCUUUCACUUUUGAGCGUGCAAAGAGUUUGAUGGCAUUAAAAAAAAAAACCUGCUGCAUUUGAACGCCUCUUAUGCGUGAGAGAGGAAGAGAACAGCGGUUUGUUCUUCCAGUGAAUGAAAUGAAAUGCAAUAAAUCAGGAAGUGUUAGUGUUCUUCUGUUAAUCACAUGACCCUGUUUCAUCAUUUGUGUAAUUCUGGUUUCUUUCCCGUCCGUGACUCUUCCCUCGGCUGCUCUCGUGUCA